AUGGGGGACAAGGAACAGCUUCUGGAGGAUCCAAUUGGCCUAAUUCGCGAAACCAGGAACAAUUUCUCGCUGGUGAACGAUGUGGAAUCGCUGUCAAACGUUACUCGUAACAUCGAUGAGCUACAGAGGUUGAUCCAGGAGAAAGUGAAGUCGAGGGACGAAGAGGUUAGGCAGUUGGACGCUGCGGGUCGGAAAACGGAAAAUAGACUGGAAGUACUGCGACAGGCGCAAUUGGCGUCGAACUCGAACGGUCGGAAUAGGUCUUCGAGCAUGGACGAGACUGCACAGCUUGCACAAGAGCUGGAGGAACUGGAACAACGAUUGCUAGCGAUGCGAACAGAAGUAGACCAGGGUCUGCAGGAUCUCGUACGCGAAGGCAGUUCAGACAGGGACCGUGAAUUGGUGGAAGAGGCGAGGCCCGUGGACCGAGCUCACAAGGCGAAUAUCUUGAAAAUCCAGGUUUUCCGGUCACUGGGAGUGGUAUUGAAUCUGUCGAACCGAACGGCAGUGCUUAAUCGUGCUGGCACGCUGGACGUGGUGGCGCUGGACGACUCCAGCAGCGAAUUCUAUCGCACCAAGUAUCUGUGGGACAGGUUAUAG